UUUACAACGAAGUGAACCAGAGCUUGUUAUUGUCUCCUUGCUGAACAUUCCGUUUAGAGAACAAACUAAAACGGUAUCCGUGUGACGAGUGCGAGAGAGUUUUGAAAUUAAGUCGGAGAAGAAAAGAGAGAGUGCGAUACAGAGAGAUGGUGACGUCGCCGGUGGUGAACACUUAUCCUUUGUCUAGCUACACCUUCGGCACCAAGGAGCCGAAGAUGGAGAAGGAUUCUUCCGUUGCCGAUCGCCUCGCUCGAAUGAAAGUCAACUAUACGAAAGAGGGUAUGAAGACAAGUGUGGAAGCAAUCCUCUUGGUCCAGGAACAUAAUCAUCCACACAUUCUUCUACUUCAAAUUGGAAACACAUUCUGCAAGCUUCCCGGUGGGCGUCUGAAGCCCGGAGAAAAUGAAAUUGAGGGCUUGAAGAGAAAGCUGACUAGCAAACUAGGUGCCAAUUCACCUGCUAUGGUACCAGAUUGGCAGAUUGGUGAGUGCGUUGCUAUGUGGUGGAGACCAAACUUUGAAACUAUAAUGUAUCCAUAUUGCCCUCCACACAUAAUGAAACCCAAGGAAUGCAAGAAGAUUUUCCUUGUUCACUUGUCUGAAAGAGAGUACUUUGCGGUGCCCAAGAAUCUGAAACUGUUGGCUGUUCCGUUGUUUGAACUCUAUGAUAAUGUUCAGCGGUAUGGGCCAGUCAUAUCAACUAUUCCUCAGCAACUUUCAAGAUUUCAGUUCAAUAUGAUUAGUUGAUUGCCAUAUGACUUCUAUCUGUGGAUUUCAAGACCCUAUUUCUGGAUGGUAGUGCCGAAUGCCGAUAUGUUGUGGGCCCUAACAGACCUUUUUUUUUCUCCUUUCCUUAUUAUAAGACUGAAUGUCCUAGGAUAGGAAGGAUUAGCUGAAACUUACUUUGACUUGCUCCAUAUCAACUGACACCCAUGUGUCUCUAAAUUCUUUGUUUAAGAGUGAUCAACAUUGUUAGAUUCUUAGUUGCACUUAUUGACAUCUAUCUUUGCUGCUAUCCGGGUGUGUUGAUGAUGUAUCAUUUGAGUAGUAGUGUUAAAAAUGGUUUGUAUCUUAUUAUGUUUUUGAGGUAUAGUGGUUUACAAUGCCA